AGGGGGUGUGGAGGGGGGAGGUUUUUGUUGAGGAGAGCGCGGCCGGAGAGCAGAGCUCCGGGACCCAGGUGACCGGGAACGCAGGCAGCCCCAGCGGCGGGAGCAGCCAGCAGCAGCCCAGGCCCGGGGACCGGGGUGGGGGUGGGAGGGGGGCUGAGGGGAGGACCUGAAGGGGGGCGGCAGGGCAAAAGGGACCCCCGGAGCCCUGCCGCCAUCAGAAAUCAAGCAUCUGGCAUCAGGGAUCUUCGGACCCAGCAGAAGGAUCAGCCACAGGGGAGGUGUCCUCCCCGGGGAACCAACGAGAGCUCCACCUGCCCCACAUCAGGAGGGGCCCCUCUCACUGAAGCUGCUGGCAACCAUAUCUCAGGCCCUGAACCCCUCAGUCUCCUCCCAUCCCCUUCCUCAGGCCCUUUCCCCCACCUCCACCCCUCCUUGCCACCCCCAGUUCUCAGCCCUCCUGAGCCCUAGAGCACCUGCUACCACCCCAACCUUCCAGGUCUUGGCCACACUGACCCCCAUCCUGGGAUCCUUGCCAGACCUCUGGGAGGGAGAUCGUUUGUUUGGGCUAUGCCCCCUGGUGGCUCGGCAGUGUCUGCCUAGACCCCUGACCCCUAGCCCUCAACUCCUGGGCCUCCUUUGUGUGAAGAGCUGCUCCUCCACUCAGCAGUGUGGUUGGGGGCCAAAGGGAAAGCUGGCCCCGGCUGGGCCCCCGGCCCCCACCACUUGCCUCCUUGUUGGGCAGCUCCCCUGGCCUCUGGGCCUCUCCCUGCUCCCCUCGGCCCCUCCUCCUGGGCCGCCCCAAUGAAGGAGCCGGAUGCCAUCAAGCUAUUUGUGGGGCAGAUCCCGAGGCAUCUGGAGGAAAAGGACCUGAAGCCCAUCUUCGAGCAGUUUGGUCGGAUCUUCGAGCUGACUGUCAUCAAGGACAAGUACACCGGGCUGCACAAGGGAUGUGCCUUCCUGACAUACUGUGCCCGCGAUUCAGCCCUGAAGGCCCAGAGUGCCCUGCACGAACAGAAGACGCUUCCAGGGAUGAACAGACCGAUCCAGGUCAAGCCAGCCGACAGCGAGAGUCGAGGAGAAGACCGGAAGCUCUUUGUGGGGAUGCUAGGGAAGCAGCAGACAGAUGAAGAUGUCCGCAAGAUGUUUGAGCCGUUCGGGACCAUAGAUGAGUGCACUGUGCUCCGGGGACCAGAUGGCACCAGCAAAGGCUGCGCCUUCGUGAAGUUCCAGACCCAUGCGGAGGCCCAAGCAGCCAUCAACACCCUUCACAGCAGCCGGACCCUGCCGGGUGCCUCAUCCAGCCUGGUGGUGAAGUUUGCUGACACAGAGAAGGAGCGAGGUCUCCGCCGAAUGCAGCAGGUGGCCACCCAGCUGGGCAUGUUCAGCCCCAUUGCCCUCCAGUUUGGAGCCUACAGCGCCUACACCCAGGCCCUGAUGCAGCAGCAGGCGGCCCUGGUAGCGGCUCACAGUGCCUACCUCAGCCCCAUGGCCACCAUGGCUGCUGUGCAAAUGCAGCACAUGGCCGCCAUCAACGCCAAUGGCCUCAUCGCCACCCCCAUCACCCCAUCCUCAGGAACCAGCACCCCUCCUGCCAUCGCUGCCACGCCCGUCUCUGCAAUCCCUGCUGCCCUGGGCGUCAACGGCUACAGCCCGGUGCCCACCCAGCCCACUGGGCAGCCUGCCCCUGAUGCUCUGUAUCCCAACGGGGUUCACCCCUAUCCAGCCCAGAGCCCCGCGGCCUCCGUGGACCCCCUGCAGCAGGCAUAUGCGGGGAUGCAGCACUAUACAGCAGCCUACCCAGCAGCCUACAGCCUGGUUGCACCUGCAUUCCCACAGCCUCCGGCCCUGGUCGCCCAACAGCCUCCUCCACCACCCCAACAGCAGCAACAGCAGCAGCAACAGCAGCAGCAACGAGAAGGCCCUGAUGGCUGCAACAUCUUCAUCUACCACCUGCCACAGGAGUUCACAGACUCAGAGAUCCUCCAGAUGUUUGUCCCCUUUGGCCAUGUCAUCUCAGCCAAAGUCUUUGUUGACCGGGCCACCAAUCAGAGCAAAUGUUUUGGCUUUGUGAGUUUCGACAAUCCAGCCAGUGCCCAGGCUGCCAUCCAGGCCAUGAAUGGCUUCCAGAUCGGCAUGAAGCGCCUCAAAGUCCAGCUAAAGCGGCCUAAAGAUGCCAACCGGCCCUACUGAGGGCCCCAGAUGUGGAGGUACCAGAGGAAGGGGCAGCUCACACCCUCUUCCCACAACUGGCCCCCGGCCUCUCUGCACAUCUGCCCUGGGCCUUGACUGGGCUCUGGGGCAAAAGCCGCUUCAUGGCCUUCGGGGCACAGGACACCGCCCCACCUCACCACCUGCCUCUCUGAAGGGCCGUGGCUUUGCUUCCCUGGCUCCGAGGGCCUGUUUCCUCCCAGGCAUCCUUUUGGCCUUUGUGAGGGAGCAAGGAAUAGGCUUGAGGGUUCCGGGGUAUCUGCCUUCUGCUAGGGCUCCUGUGAUGGGCUGUGCCCACGCUCGCUCUCCCGUGAGCCUGUUCUAGCGGUGCAGGACCGAGCCUGCCCUCGCCCCAGCCUCUUCCCCGCAGUAGGGGCUUCUCCGAAGCUGGCUCUCACACCUCCUCCACCCUCAUCUAGAGGUAGGAUAUCCCUUAACCUUGGGCUCCCAGCCCUAAAACUCACUGCCUCCCUCAAGGGCCCCCUCCAAGGAGGGUGUGGGGGAGCCCUGAGGGCUGCCUCUCCGCCAGUCAGCUAGAGACCCUCCUCCUUUCAUGAGGAAAAGACCCCCCUGAACCCCUAAAAAUGUUUACAGUCUCUGCUGGCCCCUCCAUGUAAAUACCACGACCACCCGUGCGUUAUCCAGCCCACCUGGCCUGGCCCAGACGCUGCCAUCUCUCUGGGAGUUUAGACAAUGUUACCCUUGGAUUUUUUUUUCUCACUCUCGAUUUCUCCCUUUGGUUUGGGGGGGUGACUGGGUAUUUGGGAGGGUGUGGGGAGGGGUAAAGGGGUUUAUUACCUGAUGAUUUUCUUUAGGAAGAGGUUUUAGGGAAAGGAAGAUGGGUGGGGGUGGGAGUGGUAAGGGGAGACUGGGGAGUCAGUUUCAGACAGUUCUCUAUGCUUAACUUAUUUAUUUAUUGCAUUUUACUUUUAAAGAGUUGGUCUUUUCUGUCUAAAUAAAGA